CGGCCUGGAGAUGUGCAGAAGUUGGUCUCAUUAGAUAGUAGAUAAACUUAUCAAUUGUGUCUGAACUGGACUGAUCUCAUCCGACAUUUUCACCCAUUGUAAGUGCCGGUGCCAGGGUCCAACUAGAACGAAAUUAUGGCAACUCGUGUCGGUCAAAUCCUUUUUGCCAGAACUCUGCAAGCUGGCAGAAAUCCGCAACAAUUUGCUACCAAUAUUAGAUACUAUUGCUGUCAUGUUAAAAGUUAUGAUAUGAUCAAGGUAGAGACAACAGGAGAGAAAAAGAAUAUUGGUUUAAUCACCUUAAACAGACCAAAAGCACUGAAUGCCCUAUGCGAUGGCUUGAUGUCUGAAGUCAACCAUGCUGUUUCUAAGUUUGACAAAGAUGAUAGUAUUGGUGCCAUUGUUAUUACUGGCAAUGAAAAAGCCUUUGCUGCAGGUGCUGAUAUUAAGGAGAUGCAGAACAAUACUUACUCUCAAACAGUUAGGGGUAAUUUUCUGACCAGCUGGGAUGCAGUUAGCAAGACUUCGAAGCCUGUGAUUGCUGCUGUUAAUGGCUAUGCUCUAGGUGGUGGUUGUGAACUGGCUAUGAUGUGUGACAUUAUUUAUGCUGGUGACAAAGCCAAAUUUGGACAACCAGAAAUUGCUAUUGGCACAAUUCCUGGUGCUGGUGGCACUCAAAGAUUGACCAGAGCCAUUGGCAAGAGCAAAGCAAUGGAAAUGGUGCUCACUGGCAACUUUAUCACUGCAGAGGAGGCAGAAAAGAGUGGACUCGUCAGCAAAGUUGUUCCAGCUGACAAAUUAUUAGCAGAGACGGUAAAAUUAGGAGAAAAAAUUGCCUCUCAUUCUCAAUUGAUUGUUGCCAUGGCUAAAGAAUCUGUUAAUACAGCUUACGAAACAACCUUGCAAGAAGGUCUCCACUUCGAAAAACGUAUGUUCCAUGGUACUUUUGCAACAGCUGACAGGAAAGAGGGCAUGACAGCGUUCAUUGAGAAGAGAACACCCAAUUUCAAGAAUGAAUAAAUUGUUAUCUUUGAUUUGAGUAUAAUCCUAUUUUUUUACAGAUUUUUGUACUUUCGGAUAUAUCUAAGAUGUACAUUCGUUAUUUUAUAUAAAUCUAUACAAAGUUAAAAUGAA